AUGGCGCGCCUGCACACCAAAGUCGUGCACGGCACGAUAUGCAUGCUUCAGCGUUUGCGACCCAAGGACGCUACUGCCGACCUCCUCUUCGUCGGCACCGAGCGGUUACAAUAUUUCAGCGUAUCUUGGGAUCGGAAAAAGAACGAAAUGGUACUCAUGAAUGAAACGAUGCACGACGCUGCCGAGCCAUAUAUGCGCGAAGCGCAAAGUCAGAACAAGUGCCUGGUGGACCCCACGGCAAAAUUCAUGGUGAUGCAUCUGUGGGAGGGCGUGCUCAACGUGUUCCGCCUGCCAAUUCCGCGCAGCAGAUCUGAAAAGCUCGAAUUGAUGGAUCAGAUUCGUAUUACAGAGCUCUGGAUGAAGGAUAGCACCUUCAUCCACAGCCGUACAGGCCACCCGCGCAUCGCUUUCCUCUACCAGUCACAGCUUGACUUGGAGGAGGCUCGUGUCGUGGUCUACAGGCUAACGACUGAUGACAAGGGCGGCGAUGUCUCCAGAUUUGACCCGCACAGGGAUCGGGAGCUGGACAAAGUCAUUAACGACCCAUUCGCGUCGAUGCUAAUUCCGGUGCCUGUUGCUGAAGAAAAACGGUAUCAUGUGCGGAAUAACGAGGGCACAAGGGCACACCUUGGCGGUCUUCUCGUCGUUGGCGAGACAUUAUUGACGUAUUUUGAUAGCUUGACGUACUCAAGCGUGUCGUCGCGGCUCCCCGAACCCAAAAUAUACGUCGCUUGGGCCAUGUACGACGAUACACACUAUUUCCUUGCCGACGACUACGGACGCUUAGACUUGAUGACACUGGAGACAUAUUCAGAGCCCACCGGAGUCAUUGUUACUGGCAUGACUGUUGAGUCUCUCAAGUUUCCUAAUUCUGGAGACCUACCGUCUCGCGCGUCGACUCUUGUGUACAUGGGCAAUGGCAUGCUUUUCCUCGCCUCGCAUCAUGGCGACUCGCAGCUUCUACAUAUUGACCUCGACUCUCGGACUAUGUAUCCGAUCCAGGUUUUGCUCAACAACGGCCCAAUCUUGGACUUUGCCAUUAUGGAUAUGGGCAACAGAGAAGGCGACCCCCAACAAGGCAACGUAUUUUCGUCUGGUCAAGCCAUGAUCGUCGCUGGCUGCGGUGCCUAUAAUAAUGGAUCAUUGCGCAGUAUUAGAAGUGGCAUUGGAUUGGAAGACUACGGUGUACUUCCCAUUGAAAAUGCCAGACAACUAUUCACUUUCAAGUCGCAUGGCUCGGAAAAGGUCGACAUGGUUGUGGCUUCGUUUGUCCUGCAAACUCGCAUCUUUCAGUUUGAGGCAAACGGAGAGAUCGAGGAACUUAGUCACUUCGUUGGAAUGGAACUCCACCAUGACACCUUGCUGGCAACCAACCUGCCUAAUGGAGAUCUCCUUCAUGUAACGCAAUCAGCUGUUGAUGUGUUUGACCUCAAGAAAAAAGGGAGAGUAUCAACAUGGAGGAAUAGAGUUCCUGGCACAAUCACGUCCGUCUCAUACAAUGGGAAAUGGCUACUGCUUUGCUUCGACGGGACUACCCUUGUCUCGCUGAAUCUUGAGGAGGAUCUUAAAGCGGCUAUACAGCGCUACGAACGAAGCGAAACGCUGGGCCAGUCCGAUCAGAUUUCUUGUCUGCAUGCCUCACCAGAUCUCAAAGACUACGGCGUUGUUGGAUGGUGGACCCCUGGAAAGAUUACAAUCGUGGACCUUGCUACACUGAGCGCCAUACAUAGUGUUAGCCUUCAGCAGACCGCCGAUGCCGCGUCAGUGCCCCGCGACUUAGCCCUCGUUCAGCUUCACCCAUUCAGCACGUCAGACCGUACAGCAACACUUUUAGUUGCGUUGGAAGACGGGACGGUUGUCAACUUCGACGUCUCAGGCCAAGAUCUUGCAUUGUCUGGCAGGAAGACCGUCACCCUGGGAAGUAGCGCUGCGAGGCUACACCAUCUACCAGAAGCCGACGGGACUUGCAGCAUCUUUGCCACAAGCGAGCACUCUAGUCUGAUAUACAGCUCUGAAGGGCGCAUUAUCUACUCUGCAACGACUGUUGAGGAUGCCACCAGUGUAGCACCAUUUGAUGCUGAAGCAUUCCCCGACUCCAUACUAAUCUCUACCGAUCAGCACGUCCGCGUAUGCCACAUUGAUAAGCAGCGUCUGACCCAUGUCACAUCACAACCAAUACAUCAGACAGUCCGACGAGUCGCUUACGCCCCUGGUGCCAAGGCAUUUGCUCUCGGUUGCGUCAAAAAAGAGCUCGUCGGCGAUGAAGAAAUUAUCGCAAGCUCAGUAAAGCUGGUGGACGAAGUCCUCUUGCAAGAACUCGGUGCGCCGCUGCAACUCAACGCGUCCGGAGUAAUAGAAAUGGUUGAGAGUGUCAUCCGCGCCGAGCUUCCUGAUCCUACCGGCGCUCUCGUGGAACGCUUCAUUGUUGGCACAAGCUUCAUCACCGACGGAGAAGUUGCCGAGGCCAGCCAGACACGUGGGCGGAUCCUUGUUCUGGGAGUAGAUGAGGAACGCCAGUUGUACACCAUCAUGUCACACAAUCUUAAAGGCGCGUGCCGCUGUUUGGGUGUCCUGGAUGAGUAUAUUGUUGCUGGUCUUUCCAAGACUGUUGUUGUCUACAGGUACACGGAGGAAACCAGCACCCGGGGCUCCCUGCAGAAGCUUGCAUCUCAUCGCCCAGCCUCUGUUCCGGUAACAAUCGAUAUCUCGGGGAAUAUGAUUGGAGUUGGUGAUUUAAUGCAGUCGUUAUCCCUGGUGGAAUUCACCCCGCCCAAGGAUGGACAGCCUGCGCGCCUGGAGCAGAAGGCGCGACACUUCCAAGCGGCAUGGACUACUUCUGUCUGUCAUCUGGACGGUGAGCAAUGGUUGGAGACGGAUGCUCAGGGCAAUGUCAUUGUGCUGGCCCGAAAUCCGGAUGCGCCUACCGAGCAAGAUCGCGGCCGUCUUGAAAUCACAAGCGAAAUGAAUAUUGGCGAACAGAUUAACGUUAUUCGAAAGCUCAAUGUCGCUCCAACAAACAAUGCGGCCGUGUGGCCAAGGGCCUUCCUCGGCUCCAUUGACGGCACAUUGUAUCUCUACGGCGAAAUUGCCCCAGCACACCAGGACAUCCUCCUCUCACUCCAGGGCAAAAUGGAACCGAUUGUCCGGUCGGCGGGGGGCAUAGAAUUCAGCACAUGGCGAUCAUUCCGCAACCAGGCGCGAGAGGCAGAGGGGCCGUACAGAUUCGUUGACGGCGAAAUGGUAGAAAGGUUCCUCGACCUGCCCGAGUCUACUCAGACUGAGCUGUGUAAGGAUCUCGGGCCGAGUGUCGAGGAUGGUCUCGACUGGCCGAGGCUGUGUACGUAG